AUGCGGUUCUCGGCUACGAUCGUUCAGCCGGUGCUUUAUGAUCGGCCACAGCCGCGGGGUUCGACCGCGCUGUCGUCGUCGCCAUCCCAGCGCUCCUCGGUUGCUCUUGACCCGAGCAUUGGCCGAGCAGCCGCGUCACCUGCCAAGGCAACAACUGUCGUUCCCGUCGUUGUCAUUGCGAAUGGCGACGACAUGCGCGCUCCCAUGCCGGAUGUUGCCGCAUCGCACACCUCUCGAAUGAGCGCGCUUGGCAACAAUGGAGUCGUGGACGAGUCUACAUCAUCGCCAAACCUUCAACUGGUGGAUGGCGUGGCCCCUACGGACAACGGUGUGCGUGUUCGCAAGCUGUUUAUUGCUGCUUCUGCGCGCUCUGGCAAGCCUGCCGACCAUGCCGACCAUCAUCAUCGACGCUCGAACGCCACCACGGCAGCAGAGCCAUCAAGCCCUAAGACUGUCGCAAACGGGCUGGACGUGCGCGGUGGUGAUGUCUCCCAGUUUCCGCACGACAGACCGUUCAAUCAGGCGCCUCAUCAGGGCGAGGCGAGCCCGGACCAGUUGUUGUCGGUUCCCAGUUCGCCUGCAGCUGCUCGCACCAUUCUAGUGCAUGAGCCGACUUUGCCAGGCACAGCUGCCACCAGUUCCUCUUCUGCCGAUAAUUUUGUCGUUGAUGACAGUACGACCGAGUCGCUGCGAAAUGUCACGUCCGAUUCUGCACUGCUGCCACAUGCAGCUGGACGGCGACGCCACGGUGACGAUUCCCAGCCGCAGCAUGCGCUGUUCGGGACACCCAGUGCUCCAACAUCAAGUGAUUCGUCCAGCCCACAACCAAAACCGUCUGUUACUGACAGCGGUAUGGUUUUGGUGAAUGAGGACGGGACGACCCAGCUCAUCAGCUCUGAAACGGCCGUGUCCGGUGGUUCAAGGCUACCAACGCCAGUCCUUCCUCUGAUCAACGUGUCUGCCGUUGUGCACGUUUCAAGCAUCAUUCCUCAGGUCCAUUCCUCGAUGCUGAGCAUGAUUCGCCUUUCGGAAAACUUUCUUCCUGCGACCUUGCAGUCGUCCAGCUCGACUUUUCUGGAUGUGACCGAUGCCGUCGCAGCGAUCGAGUUGAUGGACGAUCUGGCAGCCGUUGAGCAUCAUCCAACGUCCGAGCUUCAUGCGCAACUCGUACACAACUUUGGUGUUGUUCAACAACCUGGUGCCCAUGAGGUCUACGAAGCAACCGAGCGCUCAAAGAAAUUUGCGGCCGCCGCGCGAUUGGCCUCCGAUGGUACCGAGAACGAUGACGAGUCGGUGGAUUUGCGUCAAAGCGUCCUUCACCCCCAACGACGAACGGUUCCGUCCUCGAUCACCAACAUGCCCAGCCGAUACGAUCCUGCCUUGAAAAAUCUGCUCGUAUCGAAGGGCAUUUUCGACGAAUCUACCGCCAUUCAGUUUGCUGCGAGCAACAGUCCAUCCAAUCCAAGAGGUGCCUCCCAGCUUGGGCGCUCAAACACGAGCGUGCUGCUGGUUGGCCCGUCGGCCAUGUCCUCGGGAGGCGCGUCGGCGGCAUCGGCGUCCAGGGGAAUGGCGAGUCUCCAUCCCGUGCCUGGUGGUGCGCUUGCGGAGCACACGAUUCGCGCAAAACCAAACUGGCUCCGAAAUCGCUUCCUGGCCAAAUCCUCAGUGUCUUCCUUUGCCUUGGUCAGCGCUCGCGCUCACAACGUGUCCCUUAUCCCGUCGCGUGCAUCAAAUCAGCAGCUGCUGCGCAACAUUGAUGCCCGACUUGGAUCAUCGAGUGGCGGCAUUUCGGCAGGAGGCGCUCCACCAGCUGGACAGCGGUUGCACUCGUCGGCAGUUGCUCUGUCUCCUCCCCAGCGCGUAGCUCGGCGUCCUCGCGUUGGUCCGUGGGCGACCAUCCAUCUUGUGUGCUCGGUGCACCAGGUUUGUCUGCAAACUGUCUCCAUCGACGGCAAGCACAAACUCGAUGUAAAGCUCGAACAGUUGCGGUGCUCCACCACGGUUCACAAUGUGAAUCUGGGGCUGGGAUCUGCCGCCGACGCCGCAAUGACUGCCGCCGCUGCGUUAAACGGUCUCGUCCCCGAGUCUGAGACGCUCGACUGGAAUACGAACGCGCUACAAAUUCAGCGGCUCGUCGACGCCACCAAGCUUGAUCGCUCUCGAUCACUCGUGCUCACAAGCGGAUCCAUCAGUGUCAACAUGCUCAAGAGAGUGGGGCGGCAAGUGCCGUCCCACUCGCCGAGGCGUUAUUACGUAUCAGAGAGACCGGAGCGCGUCACGACCAAACCGCUCAGCGACCCGCAGCUUGACACGACGCCGUCAGCUAUCGUUGAUGAUGUCCCUCUUGCACAAAUCUCAAUCAUCGAUGCAAGUGCACUUGUCAAUCUCAAGCCACUGGAGUCGGCCGGCGACAUGACGCAGGAUGUUUUGAUGCAUCCGCAGUUGUUUUCUGAAACGAUGCACUCGACUGCCACCUUGGCCAAGGAUCGAUGGGUGGUCGCCCGUCAAGAUGUGCUUCUCCGCUGGAACUCGCUCCUCAUUCAAACGUUCCACAGCACCACCGAGUGUCUGCCGCUGCUGGAGGAGUGGUUUUGUGCCAGCCAGCGUUUCUCGCAAACCGCCCCACUACCGCCGCCCAGCAGCUCAUUCUCUCAGCAAGCUAGCCAAUCUGGCCCAAGCGGUGCUGCCUCUGCGACUACAUUGGCGCAUGUCGCGGCUCGCAAGCCUGUCACAGCUUUGAGAUUUGAACUGGGGAACAUUCAAGUGUCGCUGGCCAUCACGCCCAGCAUUAGUGCGGGCUACUCGAUCCGAAGCAUUAGCGCAAUGCUCGCGCACAAUGCCGCGGGCGUGUACAGCGGUCGAUUCGACCUGGCAGAGCAUGCAUUUGGAUUCCGCACGACGCUGUCGUCGUCGGGAGACGCGUCAGCAGCGGCACCAGCUCCCGCUCCUAAACCAUCGCGGAAAUCCAAGGUGCUUUCGCUGCCUCUGCCGCAAAUUGCGAUUGGCGCUGUAUUUUCAUCUGCUGCUUCUGCACCGAGCGAACGCUCAAACGGUGUCUCCACCCCUGCAACAACGACCUCUUCGCAACAACGCGGGUCGCUCGAUGUGGCAAUGACUGUUGAAAAGUGGCAUCUCCAGCUCCCCGUUGAGGCAGUCGGUCACUUCCUUUUGAUUGGAGCAGCCAUCGACUCUGAGGCGACGCUGCUGAUGAAUGGAAUUCGAAGAAUCAAGUACAUGCUGAUGGAGGAUGCGCUGCGGCGAUCGCGCAAAGCCCCUCUGCUGCGUUCUGGAGGUCGAUUCCCCACUCUCAGCGACCCCGCGUCUCGAGCCUCCAUGACGCGAAGCCCUGCGACACCAGACUCCAACGCUGCAGGCAGUCGCUCAAAGCCACCGGUACCUCAGCCCAUCUUUGCACCGCCUCAGAGCAAAAUCAAGCUGCGGUUUGCAGAUGCCAACUUGACCCUUGCGUCGGGCUCCAAGUUUGGCCUGUCUUUCGUGACAGACCCUUUCAUCGUGUCGUUCGACAAUGGAGAAGUGGCCAGCAAUCUCGCCACCUCGUCGUCCAGCGCUCGACCCUCCAAAGUGGAAAAGUUCCGUUGGAAUGCAUCCGUGUCGAUGCGACUGCUGCUCAACGAACUGCAUCCUCCACAUCCCAGUUCGAGCGGGCCGCUGGCAUUCUUCCAAACAACUUUGGUGGUGCAAAACAUGGCAGAGUUGCAGUCGAGAGUCGACACUGAACGACAAGUCCGUGCGCAAUCGCAAUCGCAAUCGCGGGCUGCCUCAAGGGAGCAACUUUCUACUGUGCAUCACGAAGAUCCGGAAGCUACCUCGUCUGGAUUGUCGGCAAUCACCAACACCGUUUGGGUGAUGGUCAAUGACACGUCUGGCGUGUUCCCUGUCAGCGCUGUGGAGAAUGUCAUGGAGUUUGUCCUGCGCCACAACCGAGCCAUGCAGUUCUGGGAAGCUCACAAGCAGCAAGCGGUCUCGAGCUACUUUGAUCUUGUUCACAGUCAGCAGAUGGAACUGCAUUCGCGGAAACCAGUGGUCGUAGCACGAACGAUCCAUUCCAAGAAAGGCGAGCCAGUUUCCAGUGCUGCUGCAGCUGCUCGAGAUGUCUCAACCGGAGCAUCAUCGCCCGUCGGUCAGCCCAGCCUCGGCGGUGCCGCUCCAGCCAUGACGGCCGCUCCCGUGAAGCACUGGAUUCAACUGACCGUGCAUCGAAUAUCGCUUGCGAUUCCCCUUGUCGCCCCGAAGCUCAAUGUCGUUCGACGAACGGCAUCAUCGCUCGCCCGCGGCAAUACCGAUGCCUUGCGCUCAGGCAGAGCAAGCAGCGUGAGCAGCCAGCGCUCGGCUGGCUCGCACCGCUCGGCCGACCCGCAUGGCGGCAACGUCUCGGCAAUGAUUGUGAGCAUCGACCUCAUGCGUGUCUCCGCUUUUGGAACCAAAGCCAGCACGGGCGCAUUGCAAAAUUUGGCAGUGCGCUUUGUGGACGGCUUUGACGCCUCGCGAGUCAUGUCGUAUUUGAACUUUGCCAAGGAGACCACGCGCAACAUUGCGCUAGUGCCGUCAGCCACCUACCAACUGUGCGCGAAGACCGAGACGGCCACUCCAGAUUCUGGCAUUCAGCCUGGACCCUCGCGAAUGUCCGAGUCGAACGCGUUGGCCAAGUCCCAUGAUUCGCUUUCGACACCCUUCCUGGUGGAUGCAAGCGCUUUCGCGACCGCGACAGCCACAGGAUUACCUGCAACUACCAGAACCGCACCUGCGGCGUUGGCUGGCGAGGAUGAUGAGAUGCGAGACGAUUCGAAGGCAGCAGUCCUCAGCGGCCGCGUCACGUUGGCCGUGUUGUGCUCCAUCCAAGGCUUGGUGGUGGAAUUGGAUCCGCACAUUGCACGAUUCUUGCCAAUGCUGUCCAACACGUUGAAUUCGCUCACGGAUCACACGCAAGCAUUGACGGACAACGCCCCCGCUUGGCUCUCGUCAACAGCCGCCUAUCCAUCACUGGACGAUGCCGCAAUGUUACAAGAGGAUCCCGAGGCGCUAGGGGCCCGUGAGGCCGGCUUGUUGGUGCCCUCCGAGCAGUCCAGGCUUGAGCUCGAGGUCGAUGUUGCCAUCAGCAUCCACAGCGGCAAGUGCUCGCUGCACCCUCAUCCACAAACCCGCCCUGUCGUCGUUGCCAACCGCGCCAGCAUGUACCGACCCCGUCAAGACGAGCCUGGCGGUGUGCCGAAUCUUCAACAUCAACAUCAUCAGCAAACCCAACAGCAAGCGCAGCAGCAGGCGCAACAGGACCGUGUGACUCAACUGCUCAUUCCGGGCGUGACCUGUCGUGUCAACUACACGCCAGUGACGACUCAUGAUGGUGCCAAGAGCGCUGUCCAUUUUGCUGCGGCUGAACCAUCAAGCGGGUCUCUGGGCCGGCCCGUCAGCGACGCCCAGCUUGACCAAGAUUCCGCCAGAGCAAGUGGUGGUGCGUCUGCAAAGCCGCAAAACCUGGAUCAACACGGCAACUUGCGUGUGGAACUCUCCAUCAACAGCCUUCCGCAUGCCGUCGUGCUACGACCCUGUCUGUUGGAGUUUUUGAACGACAUGGUCCAAGUCAUUGCCGUCCAAAACAAACGCCGGCAGCAACACGGCCAUGCGGCUGCUUCUCGAACCACCAGCGAUAUGGUCGGCAGGCCUGCUCGACGGGGCUCCUCGGACAGCGACCCCAGCCUCCUCGAUCCUGAGCGACUUUCCCUAUCCUCGGCGCAGUCGUCCAUUGCUCAUGCCGAUGAAGGAUCCGGCGAGCGACAAGCUGCACCCCACAGCAGUGCGCCGCCUCAGGUGCCUCAGGUGCCUCAGGUGCCUCAGGUGCCUGCACUUGGAUCGUCUCGACGCCACGUUUUGCACGUGUGCCUUUUCGUCCGCAUUCAUGCCAUCUCGAUCGAAAUCACAUGCCUCCCUGUUUCGCAGGUUUCGUGCAAGAUUCGGUUGCCGGCGUUGGAUUUGCUGCUGUCCACCAAGGAUGCCCCCGACUCCACGUUGGCGCUUUCCUCGGCGUCCGUCGAGUCGUUUUCCGCCACUGCCGUCCCCGAAAAACGUCAGACAUCAUUUGCAGCCGCUCUGCGUCGCGCAACCACCCGCGAUCGAUUGCCCAUCGGACUAGCGGCCUCACCCAGAUCCGACGCUGCGACAACAACAACAGCCGCAGCACCAGCAGCACCACCAGCAGCGACGGCUAGCUCCGGUGGUGCACCUCCUCCGUCCUCUGGAUCGUACUACGAUGUCGUCUUCGGCGACAGCUCGGAUGUGCUUCGUGGCCAGGCCAUCUACCUGACAUGCAAAUUGUCGGAAUUUGAAGUCGGUUUGCAUCAUCCCUACUCGCCUCACGAAGCUCUGUCGCUUUCCAUUCGCGAAAUCAAGGCCAACGCGGGUAGGAUGCCCCGGCCCCGACUCUUGCUCUCCGCUCUGUGUAACUUGGACGGCCUCUCGCUCGUCUACAACUUUAGGCAGCUCGAAGAAAUCCUCAGUUUCAAAAAAGUGUGGUUUGGGCGACAGCUGAUCUGGAGCCUGCUUUUCGGCGACCAGUUUGCCGCACCGCCACCGCCCACCUCACCCCUAUCCCAUGAUCCCCAAGGUGCUGUGCACGAAGACAACGUGGCGACCUCGCGAACCGAACAGGGCGAUGUCCCCGCGACGAAUAGUCACAAUAGCGGCCACCGUCACAGCAAGCACUUGGCAUUGGACGACGACACCACAUCUCACGUGUCGUUCUCGCCUUCGAUUGCAAUCGAAGGCGAGGAUCCGCACAACCCACACAGCGACGAGCGCGUUGAUCCGACCAACGACCUCCUCACUGGUAGCAGCAGCACAGAGUCGCUCCAAGACCAGGAACCUGAAACUGGCCGCGGGCAACGAUCUGCGGAGCGCAAGGCACCUCUGGUCUUGUUUUUCGUCAACAUUCACCGUGUGGAAAUUGUUUCCAAUUUGGGACAAUCCUUAGGAAAGGCGCGGUGGACGAUGAACGGCUUGGCCGGCAAGGGUCGUCUGGAGCUCUCCACCAUGCCGUCCCUCUUGGCACGCGUGUCUCUGCAAAGCUCCAAAAUCACCAACGACGGCGGUCUGUUGAGUGGCUUCUUUGACAUUCACAAUGUAACGCUGGUCGCCUCCCGUCGGCAGCUCGAUCCGAUCCGGCAUCACCAGAACAAUCUAGUCACAUUGAAGGCGGAAGAUUUUCCCCUGGUCCUGUGCCACAACAAUUGGUCCUUUUGCAUUGAAAACAUUGCGGCCAACGUCGAGUACAACCGCAGUCGUAUUCUUGUCGCACACAUGCACAAGCUCAACAUGCACUUCAACGAUCGAUGGACUUAUAGCGUGGUCUCUCAUGCACCCCCGUCGGACCCCAGCAAGGUUUUCACCACAGGUGUGGCUGUGCUUGAGCUGGAAGGGCCGUCCGGGGAUUUCAGUCAGGCUGCCAUCCAGCCGUCGUUCGCCGUGUUUGGUGAGGUCUUUUUUGAGCACGCGCGGCUCAUCUUGUCCAAGGAGACUCUCCCUUCGUUCCAAUCGGUGGGCAAGCGUGUCGCUAUGCUUGUCACCGAACAGCGAGAUCGCAUUGCGCGCCAGUUUACUCCCAGCCGCUCUGUGGCCGUAAUGCCAAACACGACGUCCUCCAACAAUGCUGCUUCGGCAGCAGUAGCCGCUGCUUCCCCGUCGUCAGAGUCGCUUUCUUCCCUUGGCAAAGAGUUGUUGCGGUUUGGGUCACUCCGCGUUCGUGGUCGUGAAAUAUCUGCAGCGCUGUUCUGGCACAGUUUGCUGGAUCCUGAUUGGGCGCUGUUUGAGGUGAAGGAUGUGGACACAAGGUACUUGUACAAGCGAAGUCAUUCGCGGCAACGAAUUGAUCAAACUCUUCAGCUCGUGUUUGGACCGACGAGCCCCACUCAAGCUGCGGCUUCCACCGCCAGCCCCAGCUCCAGCUCAAGCUCAAGCUCGAGCGCGUCGUCGUUCCUUGCCACACGCAUACCUGCCCAAGCUCCUGGACUUGAUUUUGAAGCGCCGCACCAUGCAGUCGCAUUGCUCAACCCAGGUGUCGGAAUGGGUGGUGUUGGAGUUUUGAAGCUUGGAAAGCUUGUCGUGAACGAGCAGCUCGCUCAAGCGGAAUUUACCAAGCUGCUGGCCGUUUCUGAACUCAUGCCGCUGAUUGCAGUUGGAGGGCGCUCGAUCGUUGUACAGCGCAAGGAGGACAAGCGAGUUCAGCUGUCCAAAGGGCGCAAGGAAGCCACCGAUGGGUUUUCAACUUCAGAAUGGUUUGACUUUGUGCGCAAGACCAAGAUCGAGUUUGAUAUUUUCGUUGUGCCUGCCGUGAUUCUUCACAUGGAGAGCUCGCGUCCGCUGGCGAUCCAGCAAGCUCAUCGCCCUCAUCGUGACCACCACAAUCAACCCGCUUCUUCGCCGGCACCUUUGGCCGCUUUGUCUGGCGAAAAGCAGCUGCCCGCGUUCCGCCCUCAGGUCGCCGCCGCGAGCACGACACCCACGAUUACAAUCAACUCAACGCCUCAAGAACUCGAGCAACCUUCUGCUGGCAACUCCCACGUUGCACCCGUGUCGCCCGUUGCGCGGCAUCGUCGAAAUGCCGGAGCUCAGAUUGUGGAAUGCAAGUUCUUGACCGACUUUAAAGAGAGUAUCAGCGUGUCGCUCGAUGUCAGCUUGUACUUGUACCUCGGCAACCUCGUCCGCUUGUUCCGAGAUGAGGUUGACCGUCGAUCAGCCGCGACCCGGUGGCAGCGUGCCAACGACAAAAUCAAGGCGUUCAGUGUGCUUGCGGGCAGCUUGUCGAGUCGCUCGACCCCGACGUCGGCAACGGAUGCAGCAGCAGCGGCUGUUGUAGAUGCCGAACAGUCUGCGUCUCGCACUGUGCGCCCUGCCGCUGAAAGCUCCUCCGCCUCCUCUGAACGCACGGCCGAGCACGCAUCUGGUCGAGUCGAAACCCCAGGCAGCAGCAAGCACCGUCUCCACGACGGCCGUGUCUUCCACUGCGACCCAGAGAACUUUAGGCUGCAACCCGAGCUGCGGCUGACGGCCUAUGCAGGCAAGUUUGUCCCAGAUUUGAACUGGGUGCUCGACAAACUUGGCUUUAAAGAUGUCGUCGGAACUGUUCCCAAGUACACACAUCUUGGUGUGAUUGAUCCGCUCGAGGACCUGCUGCAUCUGCUCGCUUCGCUUUGUCUUCAGGUUGAUGAGACGAGCCCGCGUGCCGAAACACUUGCUUGAGCGAAAACGGGUCCCUGUUGCCGUGCCGCGGCUAAUUAUUCCUGUUUGCGUUCGGUUGUUGGUCUGUUUUAUUUGAGAUUUUUGUACUUUAUGUCGCUUUUAUUUUUGUAUGCUUUUAUUUUGAUUUCAUGUACAAUAGAAGAG